AUUGGUCCCCACACUCCGUAUCCGGACGCGACCGUUGACCAGCCAAUCGGCGCGCGUACUGGAUCCGAGCCACGGACCAGAGCAGACACCAUGGCCUUGGUCUCGGGGAGCAGCAUUCGCGUCGGCCCGCGCGUCCUUUCCAAGCUGCGCGCCGACUCGCUGUAUGCGACCGAGUCGGAGUCGGAGACUGAUCUUGUUAUUGAGAUUCGGCCGCGCAAGGCGUCCGAGGCCAGUCGCCUCCUCGCGCCGAUUCCGACGAGCAGCCCAGGCGUGCCGCUUGUGGGCUUUGGCCUGCUCGUGUGCAGCUUUUGCACGAUCUCGUCCUUGGGCGUUGCGUUCGACCUCAUGACGGGCGUCGCGCCGUUCCUCAAGCUCUUUUGGAAAGUCAGUGGCACCUGCUGCGUCACGACGCUCCUCUGUCUGCCCAAACUCUCCGGCAUUCUCAACGGAUCGGUGGCCGUGCCGCCAUCGCAUGCGCUCCUCCUAUGCGGUGCCGGUUACAGUCUCUGGAACGCCACGUUCCUCUACGCGCUCGACCACACGUCGGUGGACCAUGCGUACAUCCUCAACAACAGCCACUCGCUCGUCCUCGUGCUCGGCAAGAUACUGCGACGCCGCCCCGUCGCUUUCCAAGAAGGCGUUGGGACCGUUCUCGGCAUCGCUGGCGGCGUUGUCACGGCGCUCGACCACACGCAGAGUCGCACAAAAGCAGUCGGACCGAGCGUCCACGGCGACGCGGUCGCCUUCCUUGGUGCGAUCGGCGCCGCCGUGUACCUCACCCACGCCAAGCAAGUGCGCACGCAAGAGACGAUGGACUUUAUGGUCUUCAUGUGGCUGCACCUGUGCACCGUGUGCCUCCUCCUCCUCCCCCUUCUCUACGCCACGGACGCCGUCUCGCUCUCGACUGACCCAACGCACGGCCUCUUUGGCUGGGUGGAUCUCACGCGCCUCCCGCUCGAGCUGUACCUCGUGACGGUCUGUGAUUUCAUCGGCGGCAUGGGCUACGUGCGCGUGCUCAAGUACUUUGAGCCGAUCGUGGUCUCGAUCGUCAUGCUCUUGGAGCCUGUCCUCGCCGUCGGUCUCGGCAUCGCAGUUGGCGUCUCCAACGUCCCCGGGCUCCUCACUGUCGCGGGGAGUGCGAUCGUGAUCCUCGGCACGUCCAUGGUCAUACACGCGUCGACCAAGCGUGUUGCGAGCGUCCCGCGCCCGUCGUAUGGGACGACCGCCUAGCAGAAACUAGAUUGUUGCCGAGAAGAAGAGUGCGUAUCCGAUCCUGCGCCGUGGAGAGACAGCAUUUUUACACACGCAUUAGUUGCUGAAUACCCUCUGUGAACAUGCACCACCGUCGUGGAGGA